AAAAUGAUUUGGUCAAGGGUGAGGCUCAGGCUCUUACCUAGCUACACAUAUUAAUAUUUAUGCUUCCAAAGUAUUCAUUAUAACAGAUGUCCCAACCCAAGAUCCAUAGUGAUUGAUUGAUUGAUAUUGCCCCACUUUACAUUUUGAGCACUUACACAACCAAAAGAGAUGUUGGACACUGAUGACUGCACCUUGUCCUUGGACAAUCUAUUUUUUGAGAAACCCGUUGUCCACAAAGUAAAGCCACUGCACCAGGAGGUCAGCAAAUGGCAGCUGGAAGUGCCUCCAUCCCUUUCUCAAGUUCCAGCCACGCAGGAAUUGCAGAAGGAGGCAGAGUCUUUUUCUCCCCAAUACAGUUUCUCACAGGGAUUCAAUAGAUUCCUGCCUCCUUCCAAAGGAUCAGAUUCUCUUAUGGUUUUACCAUCAAAGAUCAAUAGCCCCUACUCUUAUAACAAUGACGAGAAAGAGAUUGAGAUGACUCAAAGUGGCGGCAAUAGCACCAGCACCAGCUUUUGGGGAGGUAACGGGUUUCGGGAUUACUCCCGAGGUUCCUGUCAGAGUGGCAGAAGUAGUGAUGAAACCCCGCAGCACUCUGGUCAUCCAGUCAUCAGCAGAAGGUCGUUGUCUCAGGAGCAAAGCAAAAGCCCACCUCUACGGAAAAGUUUGUUCAAGGUUCAGAUGUUGAACACUGGAGGUGACUCGUCAAACGUAGACGACCUCAAAAGCAGCAGCAGCAGUCAAAGCCAGACAGCAUCCAGACCUCAAACUUUUCUCAGCGCGGUUGCCAUGGUGACAGUGCCUCCUCUUCAGGCGCCACGGGCGACAGUUAACCAGGCAGCUUCUCUUCUGUCCCCCAAGCCCCCCUUCCCACCCCCUCCUUCUUGCUCAUCUGCAGCGAGGGGCCGACCGCCGCACACAACGGCAAAUGCUGAGAUGCAGGACAACGGCACAAAGAGAGCCUUCGUUCCACCCAUGACGCCUCAGCCGCUUUGCAUAGAAGGUUCCUCUGGGAUGGGGGUGUUGAGACCAGUCUCUGAAAUCCCAGCUAAGUUCAGAUCUGUCUUCAAUGAGUUUCCCUUUUUCAACUAUGUUCAGUCCAAAGCUCUGGAUGAAGUUCUUUACACAAGUAAGAACUUUGUUGCAUGUGCUCCUACUGGAUCUGGUAAAACAGUGCUGUUUGAGCUGGCAAUCAUUCGUCUUUUAAUGGAGUCAUCAGAGCCCUGGAAAGAUGUCAAAGCUGUCUAUAUGGCCCCCAUCAAGGCUCUCUGCAGUCAGUGCUUUGAGAGCUGGAAGAAGAAGUUUGGUCCUCUGGGGCUGACCUGUAAGGAGCUGACGGGAGACACAGAGAUCGAUGACUUCUUUGAGAUUCAGGACUCCCACAUCAUCCUCACAACGCCUGAAAAAUGGGACAGCAUGACAAGAAAAUGGAAGGAUAAUUGUAUGCUGCAGCUAGUCAGGCUCUUCCUUAUCGAUGAGGUGCACGUGGUGAAGGAUGCGACUCGUGGUGCCACACUGGAAGUUGUAGUGAGCAGGAUGAAGGCUGUGCACGCAUACAGAACAGCACAGAAUCCAGAGACUGGCCUCUCUAUGAGGUUUGUGGCUGUAUCAGCCACCAUACCAAACACCUCUGACAUAGCAGACUGGCUGUCUGAUGAGAGAGGUCCUGCCACAUACCUUGACAUGGACGAGAGCUACCGUCCCGUGAAGCUGAGGAAGGUGGUGCUGGGAUUCCCCUCGACCCCAAACCAGACAGAGUUUAAGUUUGACCUUUUGCUCAAUUACAAGAUGUCCAACAUCAUACAAACGUACUCUGACCAGAAGCCUGCACUAGUGUUUUGCUCUACACGGAAAGGAGUCCAGCAGGCAGCUACAGUUCUGGCCAAGGAUGCUCGGUUUAUGAUGAGCAUUGAGCACAAGCAGAGGCUGACGAAAUAUGCAAACUCUAUUCUGGAUUCAAAACUGAGAGAUCUGUUGGUGUUAGGAGUCGGUUACCACCACGCAGGAGUUGACUUGUCGGAUAGGAAGUUGAUAGAAGAGGCCUUCACUCAGGGAGACCUGCCUGUCCUCUUCACCACCAGGACCCUGGCCAUGGGGGUGAACCUGCCAGCUCAUCUGGUAGUGAUCAAGUCUACCAUGCAGUAUGUGGCAGGAUCCUGUGAGGAGUACAGCGAAGCUGACUUACUGCAGAUGAUUGGCCGAGCUGGAAGACCACAAUUUGACACCUCAGCGACUGCAGUGAUCAUGACCAAGAUCCAAACCAAAGACAAGUACAUGAAACUUAUGAAUGGGGUGGAGAUUAUUGAGAGCAGCUUACACAGUCACCUGGUGGAGCACCUGAAUGCUGAGAUUGUUCUUCAAACCAUCAGGGAUGUCAACAUGGCUUUGGACUGGAUACGCUCCACCUUCCUGUACAUCCGAGCCCUGAAGAACCCCACACACUAUGGUUUUCCCGCAAGCUUGGACAGAUAUGGAAUCGAAGCAAAACUGCAAGAACUGUGUCUGAAGAACCUCAACUCUCUGUCCUCCAUUGGUCUGAUCGACAUGGAUGAGGAAAUCAACAUCAAACCAACAGAAGGCGGCAGAUUGAUGGCCAGGUAUUGUGUUGCAUUCGACACCAUGACACAGUUCAGCAAAGCGACCGGCACCGAGAGCCUUUCUGACCUGAUUGAGUUGGUGUCGAAGAGCAGAGAGUUCAGCGACAUUCAGUUGAGAAUGAACGAGAAGAGGACCCUGAACACCUUCAACAGGGACAAGAACAGGAUCACUAUCAGGUUUCCCAUUCAGGGAAAAAUCAAAACCAGUGAGAUGAAAGUGAACUGCUUGAUUCAGGCUCAGUUGGGAUCCAUCUCUAUUCAAGAGUUUGGACUUACACAGGACACGGCCAAGAUCUUUAGGAACGGGAUGCGCAUCAGCAAAUGCUUGUCAGAGUUUCUGAGUCACCGUUCUCGGAUUGGUUUCUCCGCGGUGCUUAACUCCCUGAUCCUGGCCAAGUGCUUCAGAGCCAAGCUUUGGGAAAACUCGUUCUAUGUUUCCAAACAGCUGGAAAAGAUAGGCCAGACGCUGUCGACGGCCAUGGUGAACGCUGGACUCACCACUUUCAGUAAAAUAGAGCAAAUCAACGCCAGAGAGCUUGAGCUGAUUGUCAACAGACAUCCACCAUUUGGGAACCAAAUCAAAGAAUCUGCCACAAAUCUCCCAAAGUAUGAAGUAACUUUGGAGCAGCUUCCGAGGUAUAGCUGUGCUACGGCAGAGAUUGUGGUGAAGGUAAACCUCAAAAAUCAAGCUCAGCUGCUGUCCAGGAGAACGGCUCCUGACGACCACUAUAUCUCUCUGAUUAUCGGAAACUCUGACAACGCUGUGGUCUUCUUACAGAAACUCACGGAUUUGGUCCUGCUGAAGUGUGGCAGCUGGUCAAAGAAGAUUGAGGUGGCAAAGGCCUCGAAAGGAGAGGAGAUCAGUGUCAAUCUCAUCAGCUCACAAUAUGUGGGCCUGGACAUCCAGCACAAGUUCAACGUCUACUACUCUGGAGCCAGAAGGUUUGGAAAUGAAAUUCCUUCCAACACACCCUUUGAUCCGACAGGACAGAGACCUCAGCACGCUGCACUGAAACCACAUUCUACAGAUCAGGCUGCGGGUCACAGGGAAAGUGCCACAUCUGCUACAGACCAAGAUUUAAGCAAUAAGAGACAAUGCAACCACUACUGCAAGAAUAAGGAUCUCUGUGGCCACGACUGCUGUAAAGUAGGUGUGGCUGUGGCAAGGAAGAGGUCAGCAAAUCAGGAGUCCAGUUUCUCUUCCUAUUUGAAAGACUUAAGGAACAGAUGUGACACCCUUCCACAGACUCCUGUCAAACGGCUGAAGAUGAAAAUUAGUGAGGAAUCUGUUUCUGUUGACAUGCAGGAGUUUGCCUACAAACCCAAAGAGAGGCUACCUACAACUUCCUGGUACGAAGGAAGUCACUGGGAAGGACCACAUGUUGACAUUGUGGAUCUGACAGGAGACCAGAUAGAGCCUGACAUCGUCCAUCUGAACCAUGUUGACAGUAAUUAUGAAGACUACGUUGAGGACACCGCCGGGAUGAUGGAGGAGCCUGUAAAGGCAUCUCAAGCUCCACAUCAGAUUAUUGUUAAAAAAUCUUCUUCCGCGUGGAUGAACCCAGGAGUCAGUGUUUGCCACAACCAGAAACCGCUUCUAAGCCGGAUCCAAACAACCAGCUCGGCUGCCGUGACAAACCAGGGCGCUCCCUGCGUAAAUGCUUCUUCCCCACAAAUACCGACGGUCAGCUUUGACCUUGGAAACGAGUGGGACGACUUUGAUGACGAGAACUUGGUGAAUGCCAGCGAGAUGCCAUUGGCCUUGUGUCAACCUGAAGUCCAGCAGUGUGUCGGCUACAACAUGCCAGGCCUUGCUGCUUCAUCUGCGCUGGUGCUCCUCAGUCACUCACAAGUCAAACCCUGUGUGACCACAGCCAGAAUGCCACUGAGGUCGGUUUUGCCUGAAGUCAGAGAACAAGGACCCUCACUGGUUACAGUCAGACCUCUGAACAGAAGCACAUUUGGCUGGAAUGAAAAGAGAUCAAGUCCUUUCAGAGAGGAGAUCACAGUCAAAGCACCAAAAUUUCUCCAAAAGCAGACUGAGGCCCAUGUGGCCACAGUUCCCAGAGGGUUUGAUUUCUUCUCAACUGUGAGCGUCCCAUCCAACACCAGCUCAGCUGUCAGCAGAAGCAUUAAAUGCAAAGAAGAGGAAGCUUUCCUUGGGAUAUUUGAUGGUAUAUUUUAAAAAGUACUGCUUGUCGAACUGAAUAUCUCAUCAUCAGAAAGUCUUUUGGUCACUGUUCAUAUUGUGUUAACUGGUGAUCUUUACCCGUCGUUAUGACUUAAAGAUGUAUUGCCGUACGUUCGUAUUGUAAAUGACUGUGUUUCGCCUAUUAGUUCUAAUUGUUACUAUGGUCAUUUUGUAUUUGUUUAUUUAUUAAUAAAGUCUGGGGUUG